AGGCAAAAUUACGAGUACGGUACCAGGUACCGUACAAGUACGAACAUGACGUCCGGAAAAUGUUGAAAAGUGGAUCAUUUCAAAGGUGGAUGAUGUGUUUAGCUCACUUCUGUAUAUAUGACACGGAUUGCGACUUUUUGUGGGGCUUACAAAACGGUUGUAGUACGGCAGGUGGAGUGGUGGAGUCCAGGUGGGCCUCUUGCUGCUUUGUUGCACAUACAUGCAUACAUGUGUACAUAAGGUGCAUUUAGUAACAAGUGACAAGUAUUGUUGCAGGUGCGUGUGCGCGAAUGCAGCUGAACUGGCCCGCGCGCUUGACGCCGGCGACCAUGCAUCAGUGCUGGACGUACUACAACAAAAGCCACAGCUGCUAUCCCAGAAAUUCUUGCCAACGCGCAACACGGUGUGGCAUCACAUUGCACGGAGCGGAGAUGCUCAGCUGCUCACAGCGCUCUUUCCUCUUGUGGAGGACACUUACGCCCACAUGCUACCAGCUUCCAGUCCGCUGCUUCAGCAGCGCCGACAAGCUGCGGCAGUAAAUCCGGGUGAAUUGGAUUUCCAGCAGGAGUCCAGCAGAAGCCCGCUGGCGGCUAUAUCUACGAUGUCCUCGGGACUUGGCGACUUGGCGUUGCCAACCCCCAGCUUUACGAAUUUCCGUUCCUUUCAUUCACCUCAAAACUGGAGAACGCAGCGUCGCCGGUCAAGUGCUACCGAUGCUGCUUCGUCCGUGCCUGGCGACGGCGGCGGCAGCAGCCUAGGUUACAUUGUCCCGGGAGCAGUUGCGACCGGCGCUGCCGUUACCACUGACGGUACCGCCAUCGCCGCCACAGCGGCGAUGAUGAUCGCCACGACCGGGAGCGACGACUGGGCGACUGGCACCGGCAGCAGAUUCCCUGCUGGCGGCGGCGGCGGCGGCGCAGCUGCCGACGCCACCGCUGCCGGCGUUAUCCAGUCCACAGCGGCGGCAGCGGCAGCGGUGGCGGCCACUGCAACAAAUGCCUUCCCUCUUACCGCUGCAAAUGCUGUCGCUACGUCAUACACCUCGGCCGCCAUGUUUGCCAUACUCCCGCCUGCCUCUGAAACCACCUUCGAAACCCCUACCACUGCCAGCAGCGUACGAGGGUCUUUCCUGUCGUCACGACAUUCCCCAGUAGUAUUGCCGACUAGGAGAGCCCCCAGCCGCUCUGGUGCCGUACAGCCCCAUCCGCGCGGCGGCAGCAACGGCGCCGCCGCAGCGGCGGCAAAUGCCGACCUCAGUCUAAAUCCUACGCCCGCCGUACGGUCAGUGGGGCCAACGGUUCGUCCACUACGGCGCGACACGUCGUUGUCAAGUACGGCAGCCAGUCGUACUGGAGUCCAUGAGCCGCGGGGCUGGCCAUCUUGGCGGCGGCUUUCACGAGGCGGUAGCGGCGGCACCGCCGCCGCCUCCCCUUCCGUUGUCGCUGCCGCCGCGGGCGCCGCCACGUCACGGCACUCCCGUCGGCCAGGCGCUGCGGUGCUCGCCGCGAUGCUGAGCAGCCGCAAUGGGAAGGGUCAGACGCCGCUGAUGGUGGCGUGCUCACACGGCCAGGCCCCCGUGGUUGCACUGAUGUUGCGCAAGGGCGCCGACCCGUGGGCCACCGAGCCGCGCAAGGCCCUCACCGCCCUCCAUCUGGCUGCACUGUACGGCCACUACAUGUGCGUCAAGCUGCUUUUGGGUUUGCUACCCGCAAGCCCGGCGGCGUCGGCGGCGUCAGUGGCCGCGUUGUCGACUACCGACUCGUCGCAGCCGGCGCCGUCGGUGUCCGGGAUGGCGGCGGCGGCGGCGGCGGCGGCGACGGCCAGGCUGCUAGAGGCCCGCACUCGUAGCGGGGCAACGCCGCUUCAUUUGGCUGCCGAUAUGGGUCACACCGCCGUCGUGGAGCUACUGCUGCAGUACGGCGCCGACCUGACGGCGCGUGUGAAGCCGCCGCCGUCGCCGCCGGCAACGUCGCUACUGCGGCCGCCGUUGCGGCUGCCGGCCGCGGCAGCGGCGGCGGUGGCGGCGCUGUCGAGCAUGUCUCGACGCUGUUGCCGCCUUUGGCCUCUGCCGAUGCUACUGCCGAUACUUCCCGCCGCCGCCGGCGCGACGCCGCUGCAUUUGGCGGCGCGUGGCAAUGACGUGUCGACGGCGUUGGCGCUUUUACGACAUUAUUACGUGCGAGGAGCUUCGGACUUUUUGCUGUACGAGCCGUCAUCCUACAUUCCGUACAUGCCCGCCGCAAUGCUGCUUGGGGAGAGCCCCCGGGCUCUGACCGACCCGCGGGAUAUUGGAGAUGCGCGAGGCCUGCGCCCGCACCAGAUUGCGUACGGCAACCGUUCGUACCGUCUGGCAGUGAUCCUGCGACCCGACUACCCUCCUCGGUGGCUUUUUGGAAUGGACUUGGGCGUGUUAUACGGCCUCGACGAGUUGGAACGGAAUUUCGAGUCCGGCGCCGCUGCCGUUGCCACCGUCGGCGGAGGCGGAGGCGGAGGCGGCCGCCGGCUGUCAUCAGCGGUCCCGACUCUAGCGGCGCUCGCUAGUGCCGUACUGCGACGGGCCCUGCUGCAGGAUCUUGACGCGCUGGAAGAAAUGGCCACGAACUGUACUCCGCAAACGGCUGCCAUCGCCGCCGUAACAGAUGCCGUACCGCAAGUAAUGGGGCGGCAGGUUACCCACAGACCAGUGAGGCCUUCCGGGGCGGUGGACGCGAUGCAGCCGCCCAACGGCGCUGUAGCCGCCGCCGCCGUCGUUGGCGGCACGGCUCCUUUCCGGCCCACGCCGACCCAUGUGUCGACAGACAACGCUGAGUCACCCCGGCACCGACGCCAGUACCAGGUCCGCGAUUUCGACGUCGACGACGUUAAUGUCUGCAGCCCUGGCUUCCACCGCGGCGAACAUGUCCAGAUCAGGCCCGUCUCCGCUGUUCCGUCCGCCGCCGCCGCCGCCGCCGCCGCCGCCGCCGCCGCGAACGUGACGGCGAGGCGGCGUGUCUCACCGCCACGGCGGCCUAUCUCCGCCUUCGCUGCAACAAUGGACCGGCAUUACGGAUGUCCACUCGUAACGUACGACACAAUUUGCGGAAGCCGUGUUGGCGGCGGCGACGGUUCUGUUGUGGUCUCCACGCCAAGCACAUCGGCAGUCAACCGCCAAGACGGCGUCGUACGGCAUUUCGAAAUAAGCUCUCCAGCCGGCGGGCUAACUGUGCCGACGGCGUCGGCCGGUACCUCGUCGGCAGUUGAGCUGUUUGAGGUGACAAGAGGUACGUCUCCUCCUUGUGUGACGACGGCCACAGCACUGCCGACGGCGGCGGCGGCGGCUGCUGUACCACCGCUGUUGUUUUCAUUACGGCAGACAGCGUGGGGUCCACACGCCGGGGAUGACAUAGUGGCGGGCGGAGGCACAAUGCCGUACCGUACGGCGUCAGGUGCUGAGGAGGCAACGGAGCCGCUGCCCUGUGCGGUUAAUGUGGUGUCAGCGUUGCACCCGCCAAGAGUUGGAGCCGGCGUGGCGGCGCCACCGGUGGCGGCGGCGGCGGCGACGCUGGUAGGAGCAAUGCCGCCAUCGCCGUCGGCGUCUGCUGCUGCUGGCUCUCCUAGGUCAGCCGUACAUUUGGUCUUGGAGCAGCGACGGCUGUCGGCGGCGGCGGAUUCUCGCUCUCCCGUCGCCAUCGGCACUACACUACACUUCCCUAGCGGAGGCGUCGCCGUCGCCGCAGCUGCGUCGGCGUCGGCGACCGCCACGACUGCUCCGGAUUUUAUCACGCCGUACGACAUUGCUGGCGUUAAAGCAGCGUCUUCGGUCUGGGGCCGGCGAGAGGACAGAAGCCCGGCGGCGGCGGAGGGCUGUGACAUCUGCUUGGAUGAUGCGACUGGCGACGGCGGGCGACUGGUUUUGGUCAGUCUGCGGCAUUGCGGUCACCGUUUGUGCGUUUCAUGCGCCAGGAGACUCAUAGACACGGCAUUGCCCAGGCGACCUGCCACGUGCCCCUUCUGCAGAGGUCACAUGGCGGGGUUUGACCUUGCGCCAGGGUACGACAGGCGUGGCGAUUGCGGCGGUGCUGCUGCCGCCGCCGCUGCCGCUGCCGCCGUGGUGGCGGCGGCGCCGGCUGUAACGGCGGCAGCAUUUUCUCGGGUGCCGACGCCUCCCAGGGGCCAGCGCGAUGCGACUGAUCCCGCUGCCGCCGGGGACGCGGGUGUGGUUGCACUGGCGGCGGGGAGGUUAUCGAGGCGACUGCCUAAAACCAAUUGCACCCAAAAAAUUCUCCUGUCAACAGUCAAACCAGGUCAAACCUUGUCAACAAACAGGCACCUGCCGUACAUGCCUAAUGCCGCUGUUGGCGUAGGCGGUAACUAUGAAAGAGGAGUUCCCUCGCCCCCGGGACUGGGGUUGAGCAGCUGCUGA